AUGCAGGGGGGGUUAACUAGAAAAGUGGUCACUAUUGCCAAAUCCAAGAAGUUUCGGGAUCACCACGGGAAGGUUCUGCUGGAGGGUCACAGGCUGAUCAAGGAUGCCCUGGAGGCAGGAGCUGUGCUGCAGACUCUCUUCUUCAGCACCGUGGGGCAACUGAAGGAGCUGCCUGAGGCAAGGCUGAAAGGAGCCAACUUAGUGAAGGUGAAAUUUGAAGACAUUAAGACCUGGUCUGACCUCGUAACUCCUCAGGGGCUGAUAGGGAUCUUUUCCAAGCCCAACCAUGCCAAGAUGUCUUACCCUGCUGCUCAGCUAACCAGCUCCUUGUCCCUGCUCCUCAUCUGUGACAAUAUCCGAGAUCCAGGAAACCUGGGGACUAUCCUGAGAGCUGCAGCAGGAGCAGGCUGUGAAAAAGUGCUGCUCACCAAAGGCUGUGUGGAUCCAUGGGAACCAAAGGUGCUCCGUGCAGGCAUGGGCGCUCACUUCCGUCUGCCCAUCAUUGCCAACCUGGACUGGGAAUCCCUUCCUGAAAACCUCCCUGCUGGCAUCCAGGUCUGCGUGGCCGACAACAAAGACCCCGGCGCGUCUGAGCGGAGCGGAGCUGGUGGGGCUGGUUCUGCUCCUGGCAACCUGAAGUCUCCUGUGAAAUCCCAGCCCAAGGCUGCUCCUGAGCGUGAGGAUGAGGAGGGAGAGGCAAGUGCCUGCAUCCCAGAGCUGGCCACGCAGUGCUACUACCAGGACUGGACAGGGAGGACACCAGUGGCCCUGGUGAUCGGCGGGGAGACCCACGGGCUGAGCCUGGAGGCGCUUCAGCUGGCAGCCGGCACCGGGGGGAAGAGACUGGUCAUUCCUGUGGUGCCAGGAGUGGACAGCUUGAACUCUGCUAUGGCUGCUGGCAUCGUGCUCUUUGAGGGGAAGAGGCAGCUGCUGCACAGGCACAAGAAAGAAGAUGAAAGGCAAAAGUUCCCUGUAGUUGGUUGA